UAUCAAUCACAUUCAAUCUUAUCCGUGACAACGUCGCUUUCGUCACUUUCGUCGUUUUCGUCGUUACAUGGAAGGAUAGUAUAGCUUCCAAACCUACGUUAAGUAUCACUCGGCUUGAAUGCUAUUAGUCUUUAAGCUUGUCGCGUGCUAUUUUAUAGCUUGAUAUUCUAUUUUGUUUCUUCGAGUACCCAAAUUUCACCCGCGCCUCGAGAAUCACCAACAUGGAGGAAAACGCGCAACAUCGAACAACUGGCCUUCAAAAGCCAACGACGCGAAUCCCCCAAUUCUCGACGUCUGUCUCCAACGGCAGCGGUCUGCACGAGAUGACUAAUUCUCAGACCAACAUGCGCCAACCAGCUUCGUUGAUGCCCGCCUCCAACAGUAGCUUGAAGCGCGGAGUACCGACUCCAGCCGUACAAUCUGAUGCAAAGCGAAAACCUCUAUCCAAGAGAGCCGGCGAAUUUCCAGAUAAACCUAUUAGCACCUCCCACCUCCCUUCGCAGAAUAUCAAGGGUGUGUCCCUUAGAGACACGGCACGACCUGGCGCCCCAGGAUCCCGACACACUUCCACCAGUAGCUACUCCUCCAAUAAUAGCAACUACACCAUGAGCGUAGGCUCCGGUGUUCGCCCUCCCUCCCGAUCGCAAAUCGCACACAGCCGAGCACGGUCGACUACUAGACUUGGACGACCCGCGACGUCUAUGGGUACGCGCGAGGGCACACGCCAGGAAACACGCGAGGAAGUACAGCAACAGGGCAACAAUGUUUCGGAGAUCGAAGAGAAAAUCCAGUCGAUGGAUACCGAAUUCCAGCGGCUCAGAGAGUUCAUGAACUCCACCGAGAAGAACAGCGUGAAUGUGAAGGAAGAGCUCGAGAUGGCCAAGAAACGAGUGGCGGCCCUGGAGGACCAACGAUCCGACUUGCAGGCAGAGAAAUCCAAGGCGAUGGACAGAUUGGCCGACGCCGACCGUCAGAUUCGUAUUCUAACUUUGGAUAUCGAAGAUCAGCAACGACGGCAUGAGAAGUAUUGUGAAGAUCUAGUCUUGGAUCAUGAACGAAUGAUGAGAGCCAAGGUCGAUGAUUAUGAGCGUGAAAUGGACAAGGCAGUCAAGAUUCAGCGGGAGUUCGAGGACAAGUGCGGCGCUCAAGCCGAAGCCCGGCUAGAAAAUCUUUCGCGUGAGAAUAAGGAGCUUCGUAGUAACUUCGAGUUCCAGAAGCGAGACCAUGAACGCGAACUUCACAGACUUAACAUAGAUAUCGAGAGACAGUCUCUCCGAAUGAAGGAGUUUGAGGAGAGUUUGAAGAAAUCGGAAGAAGAGCAGAAAGCCCUUCAGGCCACCAUCGACGAAAAUCUCAAGACGAUCGACCGCUUAAGAAAGAGAGCCGAAGAUGCCGAAGAGAGUCUCUCCAAAGACAAAGGCCAUCUGGGCGGACAGAUCAGCCUGCUAAGCCAGAAGUUAGACUUCAGUUCCGAACGCAUCCAGAGUCUAGAAGAACAUAACAAGGCUGUUCAGUUGGAGUGUGAGAAGAAGAUGCAAGAGAUGCAACUCUCAGCACAGAAAAGGAUCGACGAGGAGACGAGGCUACUUCGAGACAGGCUCAUCAAGGAGGAGGAACGACGCCACAAACUCUUCGAGCAAGUACAAGAGUUGAAGGGGAAUAUCCGUGUCAUGUGUCGAAUUAAACCUCCCUCGGAUCCUGAAGGUGACGCUCUCAUCAAGUUUAACCCACGAGCAAGCGAACUCGACGAAGACAAGAUCGACGGACUUCUCAUACCGACAGAGCGAGAGGACUUCAGGGAACCAGGCAAGAUGAUCCCCGGCAAACCGAAAGAGUUCAACUUCGAGCGCGUGUUCGACGACCAAUGUACCAACAAAGACGUAUUCGACGAGAUUAGUCAGCUCGUGCAAUCUGUCAUGGAUGGUAAGAAGGUCUGUAUCUUCUGCUAUGGCCAAACCGGUUCGGGAAAGACGUUCACAAUGAGUCGAAAAGGUGAUGGCAUCAUCCCCAGAACGCAGGAUAUGAUAUUCGGCGAGGUCGAGCGACUGAAGGCGUUGGGCUGGGAGUACACGGUCGAGGGCAGUUACUUGGAAGUCUACCAAGACAAGCUGUAUGAUCUCCUUGCAUCGCGCAGUGCCAAGCCCGAGCCCCUGAGCGUAGACCCGAUAAGCGAGGAACUCAACAUUAAGGGCCACAGCUUCACGCUCCUACAGGAGCAAAAAGACCUCGACGAGAUGGUCCGAACGGCAGAUAACAACCGUCACACCGCGGCAACAGCAAUGAACGACCGCUCCUCGCGAUCCCACUCCAUCCUCGUCCUAAAGAUUAUCGGAACCAAGAAGAACGAGGAGGGAGAAAUCAUCAAGACCCGCAAAGGCACUCUCAACCUUAUCGAUCUGGCUGGAUCGGAAUCCCCCGACAAGACCCGUAGCGAACAGAUCUACCGUGAAGGCGUCGAAAUCAACUCCUCACUGAGUUACCUCCGUACCGUCCUCGCGAGCUUGGGUCAGGGUAAGACCGAAGGUAUCGACUUCAGGAGCUAUACCCUUACUCAGCUCCUGAGACCGAGUCUAGGAAAAGGGUGUAGGACCCUUAUGUUUGUUAUGGUAAGCCCGCUUAAGGUUAAUGAGAACGAGACAGUGCGGAGUCUAGAGUUUGCUCGAGAUGCCCAGAAAGUUAAGAUGGGAGGGGCGAAGGGGAAGAAGUGAACUGUGGUGGCCAGUGUUAUUAAACACUUAACCGAGUCUUUAAAUCCUCGACACCUUUAUAGGGUUUGUCGAGGAGGCGAUUAUAGAGGUUAAGUAAUGCCUGGUUAAGAAAUAGGUGUCAGGCGUAAGGGUAUGAUAAGUUAGGGUAUCGAAAGUUGGUAAGGCGUUCUCGUCGCCAAUUUUUUAGGAAUAGGGCACGCGGCGUUGAGAUAGGCGUUCCUGUCGGAUUCAUCCGGCGACGACGAUGAGGAGGCGGCCCCGCCCCCCUCCGCUCUUGUUUUAUAUAUGGUGUUGCGGCUUGAGAAGGGCUAUAUUGAAUUCAUGAUGAUUAUGCCCCCUUUCCCCGGUCGCUAAUUCGCGAGGUUGUGAAAUGCGCCGCCUGUCCGGCCAGGCGCGCCGAAAUAUCUGCGACGCCUCCAAGUAGGAGCGCGCCGCGAGAUAAGGGCGUGUUGACGCCGUUGUAAUUUUUUUAAAUGAAUAUAAUUGUUUAAGAAUUAUUGUUUGUCGCGAGACGAGCGCAGCAAUCGUCUUCUUCUUCGUUAUCGGAUAUAAUAUUUGGGUGUGAAUAAAACGGUUCACUUACAUAUUAAUCGUGAACACGAAAAAUGUUGUGGAGGGAAAGAAAAGAAAGUGGAAGUGGGACGGUUGAGGAACGAGAUAUAUAGUAGGUGGUGACCACGCUCGUGCAGUACUGAUUGUG